AUCCUCGAAUCAUUGGUUCAUGCGGCGGAUUUGGGCAAUCCGACUAAACCGUUACCAAUCUAUCAACAAUGGGUUGACCGGAUAACCGAGGAGAUGUUUCGUCAAGGGGAUCGAGAACGAGAGGCUGGACUGGAGAUCAGUCCAAUGUGCGAUCGACACAAGGCUUGUGUGGGUAAUACACAGGUCAGUUUUAUCGAUUACAUUGUGUUCCCCCUGUGGGAAGCGUUGAGUGAGCUACUUCAUCCAAACGCCAAACCCCUGCUGGAGAAUAUGAGCAGAAAUCGCAACUGGUAUUCGCAAAACUGCUAA